AUGUAUCGGGAUAUAAUUUUUGGUAAUUAUGACACAAAUACUCAUUUAUAUUCUUCUAUACCAAAUAGAAAGGAGCCAGGUGACGGUGGAAUCGAUCAUUUUGGUGGUUACAGGGGAUAUACAAUUAUUGGCCAGUGCAAAAACUAUCCCGAACCUGGAUCAAUCGGACCGCAAUAUUUACGUGAUUUAGAAGGUGUUUUAUCCAGAUAUCACAAAUAUACAACAAUUGGUAUCUUAGUAGCACCUUCGAAAGCAAGUUUCAGUAAAAACAUAAUUAAUAGAGCUAAAUCAUCUGAAUAUAUCAUAAUUCUAACGGAUAUAACAAAUGCUUAUUCAGAUUUGGUUCAGUUUGUCGAUUCUCAGUUGCCUGUUGAUACUUUUUCCAGAGCAAGGUUAUUACAUUGUGAAUUAGGAAAAAUUCCCGUCUUAGAAAUCCAGAUUACUAUAUCUUUACGAAUUUCCACGCGUCAGGUUGUUGAGGAAUUUUUAAGGGGUAAUCUCAAAUUAAGGGCUAUAGUUAAAGAGAUUGUCGAAUGUCGCAUGCAACCACAAAGAGAUGAAUCUAUGUACUUAUCCGAAAUAGAUUCAUUGAAGCUGGAAUUGGAGCAGAUAGUAAAAGAAAAAAAUGCACUCGAGGUUGAAAACGCGAAUCUGAGGCAGAUUAUUGAAGAGAAUUCUAGACGUGAUGUAGAGUUUAAGAGCAGAAUUGAGGAGUUGGAGAAAAGUAGAGCAGAUACUGCUUUUGAGAAUGCUGAGCUUAAAACUGAAGUAGUAAAAUUAAGAAGUGAUUUCGAGGAAAUCAAAUCAAAGGGAAUAACCACCGAUUCUCCAGAGCAAUUACCAAUUUCCUCAUCAGCCAAAAAUGAGACGAAAAUAGAACAAGAUAUAAUUCAAGAAGUAAUCCUGUUUAUUAAAAAAUCUCUUACCUUAUCGAGUGAUGAAAAAGCAUACUCACAAAAUGAACCUAAUAUUUCUGAAACCCACGAUAGUAAUAUAGAAAUAAACAAUGAUGGACGAGAGUUGGCCCAAUUAUUUUCUGAUGCUGAAUUUGCAGAAGGCAAAACGAUAAAGGCUAAGCAAAAAGAGGUAAUAUGCUGGUAUACUUACAGAAAAGCCUAUCAAACCAGCGUUGCUGAUAUACGCUCCAAAACUGGCGUUUCUGAUAAAACUGCAAAAAAUCAAGUUUAUGCUAAG